AUGGAACCAAAGAAUCACAAAGAGGCUCUUCGGGAUGAGUUCUGGGUUGCUGCAAUGCAAGAUGAGCUGGAACAAUUUGAGCGCAGCAAUGUGUGGGAACUCACUAAACGGCCGACUAAUGUCAAUAUAGUGGGAACGAAGUGGAUCUUCAAGAAGAGUGAUGCUAGUGGAUGCAUUAUGAGAAACAAAGCAAGACUUGUGGCUCAAGGUUACUCUCAAGUCGAAGGAGUUGACUUUGAUGAGACCUUUGCUCCAGUAGCAAGGCUAGAAUCCAUCAGGUUCAUGUUCGGUAUGUCAUGUGCUCUCAAGUUCACAUUACAUCAGAUGGAUGUUAAAAGUGCAUUUCUGAAUGGGAUUUUACAAGAAGAAGUGUUUGUAGAACAACCAAAAGGCUUUGAGAAUCCACAACAUCCUGAGCAUGUGUACCGUCUGAAGAAAGCGCUAUAUGGUCUCAAGCAGGCUCCGAGAGCAUGCAACAAUGCAUUGAUGUUUGUUCAGAUCUAUGUGGACGACAUCAUUUUUGGUUCUACCUGUCAAUCUCUGGUGCAAAGGUUUGUGAAAAACAUGUCACAGGAGUUUGAGAUGAGUAUGGUGGGAGAGCUGAAAUACUUCCUGGGUUUGCAAGUAGAACAAUCAGCUGAUGGGAUCUUUGUGUCUCAAAGCACCUAUGCCAAAGAAUUGGUACAGCGGUUUGGUUUAGGGAAGAGUAAAGAAGCUAAGGUACCUAUGGGAGUCAAUGACAAGCUUUCAAAAGAUGAGGAAGGAGAGGAUGUGGAUGAACGACUAUAUAGAGGUAUGAUUGGAAGCUUGCUCUACCUGACAGCGAGUAGCCCUGACAUUUGUCUGUCAGUGGGGAUAUGCGCAUGGUACCAGGCCAAGCCAAAGGUGUCCCACUUACUGGCAGUCAAGAAGAUCAUCAAAUACGUCAAGGGGACAAUGAACUUUGGUAUUUCCUUCACCAAGGAUACCAACACAAGUCUGAGCGGAUACUGCGAUGCUGAUUGGGCAGGUUCUGUGGAUGAUCGUCGAAGUACAAGUGGGGGAUGCUUCUUUAUGGGCAACAACCUAAUUUCAUGGCACAGCAAGAAGCAGAACAGUGUCUCACUAUCAACCGCUGAGGCUGAAUACAUUGCUUUGGGCAGCUAUUGUACACAACUUCUGUGGAUGCGUCAAAUGUCUCCUGACUAUGGUAUGGAUUCUGAUACUCUGUUAAUUCAUUGUGAUAAUUUGAGUGCAAUAAACAUCUAUAAGAAUCCUGUCCAGCAUUGUUCGUGA